CUUUUCAUUUUUCUCACAGUUUCAAUUCGUUCGGUUGCCCCUCACCCUCCACAAUUCAGACGUCAAUCUUCUCAGCUUUGCUUCGGAAACUCUUGGACGGUCGCCCCGAAAGGUAGUUGGGAAUGGUUUUUGUGUUCUGGUCUCGACCUUCUGCUGAACAACAGAAGCAAUGCAUUGACAAGUCUGGUCCUUUCAACUAUGAUGCUAAAUACAAAGGGGCUACGGCGAAGGCUGUGUCGAUCCUCAAGGAGGAUGGUGAACUCAACAAGGAUGGGUUCUUACUCAACCAUGCCCGUGUUUUAGUAGGUUCUGGUCGUGAAACCUAUGAAAAAGGAAAGAAUGCUCUUCAGAGUUGGAGGCAUUUUGGGUUGAACUGGGCAUUUGUUGAUUCCACGACUCAAGUUCAGAAUGGGGUGAAGUUUUGUGUUUGUGUCAAGGAGUUUCUGCCUUGGCUUGUGAUGCCUCUUGAAGUGGUCUUUGUAAAUGAAAGCCAGAAGUCUAAGAAGGGUGUGGCUUCCUUUCGUUUUGGCGGUGGUACACUUAAAGGUCACCUGCUGGCUGGGGAAGAGAGCUUUUCGAUUGAGCUGGAUGAGAAGAAUCAAGUGUGGUAUGAAAUACUCUCCCUCUCAAAGCCUGCCCACUUUCUCUCUUUCGUUGGUUACCCAUAUGUACAACUCAGGCAGAAGUACUUUGCUCAUCAAUCUAGCAAUGCUGUCCUGAAACAUUUAAGAGCUUCUUAGCUACCUGUACUUAAUGUUGGCAAGUUAUGUACAAAUGUAACAUGAUUAUGUCCUUAUGAGAACUUUUUGCUAAAUCAACAUCAGCCAUAGGUGCAAAAUGAGAUGCAAUAUGUUCUCAUGAUAUUGGUUUUUGAUACCCGUGUACAUCUUCUUCUGUGCAAUCCCAAUUUGUACACUGAGUGAAUGACAUGAGCUGGAAUGCCAACUAUUUGAUGGCUUAAAUUCGCUCUUA